AUGGGUUGCUUUUCAUGUUUUUCGUCUCACGGGAAAGCACCCAAAAGAAGAAAGAAUUGUAGAAGGAAACAAUCUGUUUCGUUGCAUUCUCGCAGCCUUAAACCACAACAACAACAUCAUCAUCCUGCUCCUCCUUCAGGUCAUAUAUGUACAGAUAAUACAAAAGGAAACCAAGUGCAAAAUGAAGCAGAGAAAGAGAAUGAGAUUGGAGGAAAGAACAACAUUGCAGCAAAAACCUUCACGUUCAGAGAGCUGGCCACUGCCACGAAGAAUUUCCGCGAAGAGUGUCUGAUCGGAGAGGGCGGGUUCGGGAGAGUUUACAAAGGCAAACUCGACAAAAUUUCCCAGGUUGUAGCAGUGAAGCAGCUUGAUAGGAAUGGACUGCAAGGGAAUAGAGAGUUCCUUGUGGAGGUUUUGAUGCUAAGCCUUUUACACCAUAAGAACCUUGUCAAUCUCAUUGGGUAUUGUGCAGAUGGUGAUCAAAGACUCUUGGUCUAUGAGUAUAUGCCUUUGGGAUCUCUAGAAGAUCAUCUACUUGACCUUCCAGCGGAUAGGAAGGCAUUAGAUUGGGCAACAAGAAUGAAAGUAGCAUUGGGAGCAGCAAAAGGGCUAGAGUACUUGCACGACAAAGCCAACCCACCUGUGAUAUAUAGAGAUUUGAAAGCAUCAAACAUUCUAUUGGACAAUGAUUUCAAUGCAAAGCUGUCGGAUUUUGGGCUCGCAAAGCUUGGGCCUGUCGGGGACAAGUCCCAUGUUUCCUCCAGGGUUAUGGGAACCUAUGGAUAUUGUGCUCCCGAGUAUCAAAGAACAGGCCAGCUCACUCUCAAAUCAGAUGUCUACAGCUUUGGCGUUGUCUUGUUGGAACUCAUCACCGGCAAGAGAGUCAUCGACGACACUCGUCCAGCUAACCAGCAAAACCUGGUCGCUUGGGCAUGCCCAAUAUUCAAGGAACCAACUAAAUUCAUGGACCUGGCAGAUCCUCUUUUGGGUAGGGACUUCACUGUGAGAUCUCUAAACCAAGCCGUCGCGGUGGCUGCAAUGUGCCUCCACGAGGAAGCGACGGUGCGACCAUUGAUCAGCGAUGUCGUCACGGCUCUUAGCUUCUUGGGUGCAGAAGCCAUGCACUCGUCGUCUUUGUCGUUGUCGUCGAUCGAUGACCCUUCACUGGUAGUAUCUGAUCAAAAUUUGAUCAAUCAAUCAAAAUCCAACGACGAGGAAAUAGCCGAGGCACGCCAACGAGCAGUCGCCGAAGCCAUCGAAUGGGGUUCCUCCUCCAAGCAAAAUGCCGCCGCCGCCGCCUCGCGCCGGGGAAGUUGUUCUUCCUUGUAA